AUGUUGGCUGCAGGUGGUGACCGCGUUAACCAGCGCGCUUUCGGCCACCAUGGAUCGCAAGAACAAGGGGCUGUCUCUAAAAAAAAUAAGAAGCUCUAUAGCUCUAUAGAGGACAGUCUCCCUCUUUCAGACAGAGAGGAAGAGACGGGCAGGAGUCUCCUUUCUGCUGAGAUUGUUUUGGAGGCGAAUUCAAGCAGGCUUUCAGGACAAGCUCAUACUUUUAAGGAGGACCAGAAGAUGGAAGAGGGAAAAAAGAAAAAGAGCGUAAAAAAGCUUGACCCCUCUAACUACACGGGAGAGAGAAAGGUGACGAACAUCAAGAGUAAAGGCCCAAGAUUAAGGAGUCAACGGCCUGAGGAGAAGAAAAAAAGCUUGAGAAAGAAAAAAGACGGCCCACACUGGUCUAACUAA